AUAAAAACUCCUGCACAUCGGUUGACGCCCGCAAGUCACUUACCGCUCACCCUCACUGGUCGCUUAGCAGUUACCAUUUCCUUUCAGCGCCUACGCCAGUUGGAAAAUCGCCAAUUCCACACUUGGAUAGAAUUUCAAAGACUUUGGAAUGAAGUCAAUCUAAUACUGUGGAGAGCGAAAACUCAUCAUCGAAAUAUCAGGCAGGCGAUUGAUGUGUAUGGACGGGAUAUGCGGAGUGUUCUACGAGACGUGGAAGGCCUAGUAUCGUCUGGCAAAAGCAGAGGAAAUCCCGUUGGUUUUGCACCAGAUCAGGUCUUGAACUAUCAGGGCAGUGCAGUCGCCGGAGAGUCGGGUAUGCCCUCCUCUGCUGCCGCGAAAAACGUCAAGAGUGGACCGAAUUCCAUUGUAAAAGGACAUCACAACGAAAACGGCCAACAGAAACUGAUGAAUUGGUGUGAUAUGGUGCAGAACAAACCUUUGGGUUCGAAAAAAUGCUCUGCUCUGAAGGAAAUUCGUCCUCAAGUGGCUCUGUCGUCACGUUCCAAGCAGGUGCCUGCGAGCACACCU